AUGGACAUAGCAUUUGAGCUAUCAAGAACGAUAAUUAAUACUUGUAGUAAGCGUGUGGUUGCCUUUGUAGUAAAUCAUGCUAGUAAUCACCCAAAAAGUAGAGAAAAACUAAUAAGAUUUGGACAAAGUAGUCACAGAACAUAUAUACAUCUUAAAUAUUUCGGGUCAUAUUGGUUAGAUCGCUCUUUUUUUAUUUCAUCUACCAGUAGAAAUUAUAUAAAUUCCAAAACAAUUCCCAAUAAUGAACCUCAUUUAAAAUACUGUACUGAUAUUGACUUUUUCAAUUCACCUUCUACAUCACCUGAGUCGAAAUUUGCUACAUAUACGUUAUUUAGUCAGUCAAAGGCUUCAAGAAGUAAUCAAUGCCUUGUAACACCUAGUCAGACAUCUCCACUUCCUCCUGUUUCAUCAUUACCAGUGAAGAGCAGAAUAACAUUAAAUGUAAAACCAUUAGAUGAAAGCAAGGCAUUUGAAGUUGGAGUAGACACAGCUGCUGAUUUAUCCGUAUUUGCAAUAACUUUAUCACUAGUAUGCACAAGUUUGUGGAUGAGGAGGAGGAGACAACAAAAAUCACAAAAAUUACAAAAAGAAAGUGAAAAGAUACUAUUGGCGAGGGUAGAAAAGCUUGAAUCUCAAAUAAAUAAAUUCUUAAGUCCUCAGGUGUAG